UUCCUGUCGCUCUCUCUCUCUCUCUCAGUCGUCUUCGGCUCCAUCGCUUCGGAAUGCGAGUUUGUUUUGCCGAGUCUGGCGCGUCCACCGCACAGACAGAGCCGGAGAGAGAGAGAGAGACACGCUCGUGCUCGUACAGGCGACAAGACGGGGUGACAGAGUGACGGACGGCGGCCGAGCGAGCUAUGUAAAUAAGGCGGCAGCUGCGGUUUAUCUGUCUGGCAGAAAGUAUUAAUCAUAGAUGAGCGUCGAGGCGUGAAACCCUUGUUGCUUCACUCGCAGAGCCAGAGCGAGAGACGCAGAGAGAAGAGGUGAGAGCCGCGACGCCCCCAAGGCUCUCCGCACACACACACGGAUAGCCAGCCAGUCAGUCAGUGGGACAGACAGACUUCAUAACCCUGAGCCUUAUCUACUGUGCGUGAUGGACCGCUGUGGCCGCCUCCGUCGUAGCUGCUGCUACCAUCGCCGCGUCUGCUUCGUCCCGGCCCCGGCACUGGCAUUGGCACUCUGGCUGUGCGUAUCGUCCGCGGCCGCCUUCAAUCUGGACACGGACAACCCCUUCGUCUAUUCGGGACCCCAGGGCAGCUACUUCGGCUACUCGGUGGACUUUUACAAACCCGACCAGACCCAGUUAAACGUUUUAAUUGGAGCCCCAAAGGCCAACGUGUCCUUGCCAAGAGUCGAGGAGAGGGGAGCAGUGUACAGCUGUCCAUGGAAAACCAGCAAUGCCUGUGAACAAGUGGCCUUCGACAAUUCAGAUGAGCGUUACAAUCAAUCGGGAGACCAGAUGGAGUUUAAAGACAAGCAGUGGUUUGGCGCCACAGUGAAAGCGAAAGGAAAUCAGAUUCUGGCCUGUGCCCCCUUGUACCAAUGGCGAACAUUUGGGUCACCUGAACGAGAACCCGUGGGCACUUGCUUCCUCAAGCAAGGAAACAUCAUUGCUGAGUAUUCUCCGUGCCGAACAGCUUUAAAUAGUCCGGAAGGCCAAGGCUUUUGUCAAGCGGGCUUCAGCAUUAACUUUGUCCAGGAGAACAGAGUUCUUGUUGGAGGGCCUGGUAGUUUUUACUGGCAAGGUCAAUUAAUCUCUGAUUUGAUACCUCAGAUUAUGACUAAAUAUAAUUCAGCAAAUUUUUAUACUACAUAUAAGGAUCAGCUUGCAAGCAAGGCGGCCAAUGCUGUAUUUGAUGACAGUUACUUGGGCUAUUCUGUGGCUGUUGGAGAUUUUAAUAGUGAUGGCAUUGAUGACUUUGUGACUGGUGUUCCCCGAGGAGCUCGUGCCCUGGGAUAUGUGACAAUUUUCAAUGGCACGAAUAUGCAGUCCAUGUUUAACUUCACAGGAGAACAGAUGGCUGCCUACUUUGGUCAUUCGGUGGCAGUUACUGAUAUUAACAAUGAUGGUCUUGUAGAUCUCUUGAGUGGGGCACCACUUUUUAUGGACCGUGGACCUGAUGGCAAACUCCGAGAAGUUGGACAGGUGUAUGUUUAUCUUCGGGAGGGUCCAUCCUCCUUCCAAAAGGCAAACAAAUUGACUGGCACAGAAAUUUAUGCAAGAUUUGGAAGCUCUAUAGCACAACUGGGGGAUCUUGACCUUGACGGCUAUAACGAUGUGGCUGUCGCUGCCCCUUAUGGAGGCUCCAAAAAUAAUGGCCUUGUGUACAUUUACAACGGAAGAGUUUCUGGGCUGAGCUUGACACCAUCCCAAAUCUUAGAGGGCCAGUGGGCAUCCUCCACCAUGCCACCUAGCUUUGGAUACUCUUUGAAUGGUGGCACGGAUAUCGAUCUGAAUGGGUACCCAGAUCUGAUUGUUGGAGUUUUCGGUGCUGAUAAAGCUGUGCUCUACCGGGCUAGACCCGUUAUCAAUGUGAAUGCCACCUUGGAUAUCACACCUCCGGUCCUCAACCCGGAUGACAAACAGUGCAAACUGCCAGGCACAUCUGCUACAGUUUCAUGCUUCAAGGUUAAAUUCUGCUUAAAGGCAAGUGGAAGAGGAGCCCCUUCAAAACUGGACUUCAAGGUGGAGCUACUGUUGGAUAAACUGAAGCAGAAAGGAGCUAUAAAAAGAGUGCUGUUUUUGCACAGCAGAUCCGCAUCCCACGUAAAAAAUAUGACUGUUUCCAACGGGAUGCCACCAGCUUGUGAAGAACUAGAUGCCUAUUUACGCGAUGAAUCCGAGUUCAGAGAUAAAAUUACCCCCAUCACCGUUUUCAUGGAAUAUAUUUUGGACUACACCACAGCAGCAGACAGGACAGGCCUAAUGCCCAUUCUGGACCAGUUUACUCCUGCUAACAUAACCAGGCAGGCCCACAUUUUAUUGGACUGUGGAGACGAUAAUAUCUGCAAACCUGAUCUCAACCUGGCUGUCAAAAGUGAUCAGACGCAGAUGUACAUAGGAGAUGACAAUCCGCUGACUCUUGAAGUUACUGCAGAGAACAAAGGCGAGGGGGCCUAUGAAGCUGAGCUGUUUGUCUUUCUGCCACCGCAGGCUGACUUCAUUGGGGUGGUUCGGAACAGUGAGAAGCUGGCCAGGCUUUCAUGUGCCUACAAAACGGAGAACAACACCCGCAUGGUGGUCUGCGACCUUGGAAAUCCAAUGAAAGGAGGAACAAGCCUUGUUGCUGGUCUGCGCUUUAGUGUACAUCAGUUGUCGGAGCAGGACACUUCAGUGAAAUUUGAUUUACAGAUUCAAAGCUCAAACCAGUUCAAUAAGUCAAGCCCCAUUGUUUCCAGUGUGACUGCACUUGCAGUAUUAGCCAAAGUUGAAAUCAGAGGCGUUUCAACGCCUGACCAGCUCUUUCUUCCAAUUGCCAACUGGCAGCCCAAAGAGAAUCCUGUCCUAGAAGAUGACAUUGGACCUCUCGUACAGCAUAUCUAUGAGUUACGGAAUAACGGUCCCAGCACCUUCAGCAAAGCAAUUCUAGAGCUUGAAUGGCCCUACAAAUAUAAGAACGAUUCUCUGCUCUACAUCAUUCAGUAUGACAUUGAAGGAUACAUGAACUGCAGCACGGAUAUGGAAAUCAACCCUCUGAAUGUCACUAUGCCAAAAACGACAGAAAGAAAUGACACUAAACGAGACGAUUCCAGAGAUGAUGGCAGAACACGUAACCAUGUUAACCGACGGGACCUCAGGAACAUUGAAGGGGAGCUGGAAACACUGGGCUGCGGAAAGGCCGAGUGCCUGAAAAUCAAAUGUCAGGUUGGGCGCCUGGAAAGGGGAAAGAGUGCAAUCUUGUACAUCAGAUCAAGAUUAUGGGCUGCAACCUUCUUAAAAAGUGAGAACCAAAACCAUUCGUACUCCUUGAAGUCUUCAGCAUCAUUCCAGGUCAUAGAAAUGCCUUAUAAGAACCUGACGUACGAAAAUCCAUCCAAUGUCACAUUGGUUAGCACGUCCAUCAUAUGGGUCAAGCAGGAGUCUUCACAGCCCGUCCCUGGCUGGGUCAUUGCACUGGCAGUACUGGCAGGGCUCCUGCUCUUAGCCCUGCUCAUCUUUGUGAUGUAUAAGUUUGGCUUCUUUAAGCGUGUCCGGCCACCUCAUGAGGAUGGCACAGAAAAAGAACAAUUGCAGCCUCAGGAAAACGGCGAUGGGAUCACAGAGGCCUAAGUGAGUGGACCGGCCCUGCCGCCUGAGCUGCGCUAGUGGUCACUGCCACACAGGUCGGACUCUUCUCACUCCUAAUAACCACUCCAGAUGAUGCACUAACUGCUAACCAACCAAUCAACCAGAGAAUUAUGGCACACGCUCAGAGCUGCCAUCACUGAGCAUGUUUUAACCAUCUCAUCUGAAAAUAACACGUGUUGAUGAAAUUCUUAUCUCCUUUCCAAAGACUAUACCUACUCAAGUCCCUAUGCUAGUUGUUUAUGGUAGCAAACUUUAGAGAUGCCAGUAUUUCUACUAUGGGACUUUGUUUCUCUUCAGGAUAUCCUGGCGUUGAGUUCAGUUGCUUGGCACAGGACAUGAAGAUAAAAGUCAUUUUUUUGUUUAAUCUAUGAGACAUCAAGACUAAGGAAGAAAGAUCCUAAGGUUGGUUUGUUUUAUGAAUCUAUAAGCCGGCGCCUCUUCUUUCUCCAGCGCACAAACUAGAUGAAAAAAAAGACCAAAAUGCCAAAUGGCCACCUUUAAAUGAGAGCUGAGUAGAAAUUAGUGACUUAUCUGAAACAAAAUGAAAAUGAAUUACUGGUGUUACACUUGAGCAGAAGAUUUGCAGCAAACAUUUGAAAACAUUAAUGGCGUGGACUCUGGUGUUUGCAGAGACUGAUUAGCCUAUCAAAUCUUCCUAUUAAGACUGCUCUUUGUCAACUGUGUUGCUUCUUUGUGGUUUUUCCACUCUGCUGCGUGACAAAGGGGCUUCCAUCAGUGGAGGGGGGCACCUGCACAAGUGCAUCGGAGGGAUUGACUAUGAAAGAGCUAAGAAGUGUUGGAUGUGAAGCACUCAUGAAAUGAAAUGAAAGCGACACAAACCUUUUGGGGUCCUGUCACCUUUCUGUAAGGGGCUGUGUCAGUGCAAUGGUUAUUGCCACAUGUUCUGUCCACUUUAACGCACUCUUUUGGCCUUCUUCACUCUCUGAACUAAUCCAAAAUCCUUAUAGGCAUUGAACCAGGACUAUUCAGUUCAUUUUAUAUAGCGCCAGUCACAGCUUGCACAAUCAUAAACAAGUGGUGUGUAGAUACUGUAAACUUUAAAGCUCACCAUUGUCACAAAAGACCGCUUUUCAAGCAGAAAUAUUUCGGAGUUUGUCAGCUUCAGUCAUACAUCGGCCUUAAUCAUGUUGGCUCUGGGUGUUUGAACCAUUAGAUUUAUAGAAGGUAAUGGGGCAGGUUAAAUGAAGCCUGCUUCUGCAACGUUCACGACGUUAAACCCGUUGACAACACGGGGAUCACAUGUAGUGAUGUUAGAUUUAAUGAACUUCUUACUCGGUGAUGUGGUUUUCCCCUCAAUGAUUUUGAUUGGAAAAACUGGGAUGUGGCUUCUCGUGCGACUGAUAUAUAUAUUUAUCUCGAAUAUUGGGGUGGGGGGGUUCUGAUUGAAGAUCUCAUCAUGCUGGAAUUCAACCAAGUGCGAGGUUCCUGACACCACCGUGUUCUUCCGGUACUGCAAUUAGCAUAACGGUGGUAUGGUACUGUUAAAAAAUACAAAAAAAAAACACAAAUAAGGAACACUUUAAUUUUUCUUUUUGUUGAUUCCACAUAUUUUUUUGCUUAUUUCUUCCUUAUGGCGGUUUUGGAAUAUCCAGAUUCAACCUCUUUAAUUAGUUUUCUCAUUUAAAGUCAUUUUGAAUUACCUAAAAAAUAUUUUGCAUCUUGUGGCACUGCCAUUUUUUGCGGGCACCACUACUUUUUGUUAGCGUUUGUGUAAGGUUGCUAAUUCCCAGAAGCAUGUGGUGUGGUGUGACGUUACAUAACAUAAAGGUCAUCAUCGCACACUUCCUUGGUUGUCCAGAAUUCUGGAUAUAAACAACUUAUGACUUUUUUGGUAGUAGUUAAUGCGCAGAAUCAGCUUCAAUAAUUAGAAUCUCUACUGUGCCUCUUCGUCUUUUUGAUUUUUUGCUUUACGUAUUGGGUUUUGUAGCUUGGCAUCUUGUUGAUUUUAAUUGCCAUUGCUAGUAGUUUUGGCACUGGUUUAUGUCUCGUUCAUGUCCUACACAAGACAAAGAUGUCUUCUUUUUAUUCUUUUUACCAGUUCUUCAACUAGGCAGACCACGGAAUGCUGUGUUGAUAAGUGAAGAAUUAUUUGUAAAUGUGGUUUGGGGAGGGAGGAGAAAGUCUCCCCGCAGGACAUUUACAAUGGCAGUACAUCACAGGUCACCAUUGUAUCCUGCUGGGGAUAUCUUUGUUUCCUUUUUUAAUCUAUAAAGAUUGCUAUACUUAACACAGGUUUUCUGAAACAACUUCAAAAAACAAAUUAAAAAUUGUCAAAUUUAUCCUUAAAGACUUGGGAAUAAAAGUAGUAAAGAAUGACAAAUUUUAAGAUAGUGUACCAAGUAAAAAAGAAAUAAAAAAAAAAAAAAUUCAAAAAAGUUAAAAAAAAUAAAAAUUAUUUAGGAAAAGUCUGAAAAUGAUUUUGACUUAGAAAAUCCUAAACCCAUUUUUUAAAACUUGACAGUAACAGAAGUUAGGAAUGUGACUAAUUCAAACAGAGUACAUCGAGUCAAAUCAUUUCAAUACAAGUAGUUUAAAAAUUUUGUAUUCAAAAUAUCAAAUUUAUGUUAAGAUUUGGGAGUACUAGUAGUAAGGAAUAAAAGACUGUUAAGUGGAAAAUAAUUUAUAAAAACAAAAUCAAAAAGUCAAAAAAAUGUAGAAAAAUAGUCAAAUCAUCAAAAAAUCACUGAAUAGAUCUUUUAAGACUUUGAGGUAACAGGUAAGGAAUGACAAAUUCUAGCACUGAAAAAAUAAUUUAAGAAAAAUGUCAAAAAAUGUAUUUAAAGGAAAAAAAAAACAAGUAAAAUAUAUCAAAUUUACUCUUGGGACGUGUGAGAAACCGAGGUAAAGAGUGAUCAAUUUCAACAGAGUACAAACACAGUCAAAAAUAAUUUUGAAAAAAAUCACAAAACAUUAUUCAGAAAAAAAAAUUAAAGUCAGAAAUAAUUUGAAGUUAAAAAAUACAGAAUUUAGUCUUUAAGACUGCAACUGAUAGAAGUAAGGAAUGACGAACUCCGAGUCAAAAAUGGAACUUUAGAAAAAGUCCAAAAAUUCAAAAAUGCCAAAUGUAUCCUUUAAGAAUUGGGACAACACGAAAUAAGAAAUGACAAACUCUGAGUCUGCACCGAGUCAAACAUAAUUUAGAAACAUUCAAAAAAUAACAUAGAAUAAUAGUCAAAAAUGAUUGAGAAACAUAAAAGAAAUUUGGAAGAAAACCAUAAUAAUGUUUUAUAAAAAUAUUUAAAGACAGAAUUCCAUAAUGUAUCCUUUCAGAUUUGAGAGUAAAGGAGGUAAGGAAUGACAAAUUUUAACAGGGUCCCUGGGUUAACAGCAGUAGUCACUACUAUGCCUAAUUUGGCGAAAUGCGUUCAGAAUAAAUCUCCUUAGGGCUCGUCUAUGUCUUUCACCAAUUUUUAAUAAAUAAAAUGUAGCACGAGUGGAUUGUGUGACUUGCCUAUCCCCGUUUUUGACUUUUUUGGCUUUUGACUACGCGUUUCCCCCUGCUUACUUUUCAAAAAACCUCUUGCUAGUUCUCUAGCGAAUUGUUAACAUUGCUAAGCCCCUUGAAACGUCUUGUCCUUGCAUUCUCACAAUUGUCUGUCAGGCCGCCAUGCGGACAGUGUAUGAACAAACAAGAUAACGAUUCACGCCCAUCCAAUUCUGCAUGCAGAACAGAGGUGGAAAAGUAAUGACUGUGAAGAUAGAUGACUGGGUGUUAGCACUGGCUCAUUCAGUGUUCGUAAUCAUGAAAAUUUAGACAAAGAAAAAAAUAUUUAAAGCAUUUUUUUUUGUAUUCAUGAAUUUUUGUAAAGCGGUUCAUAAUUUAGGGGAAGCCCGUAACUGAAAAAAAUGUGAUGGGAAUGCAAGUUGCUCCCUUUCCCGCCAGAAAAGACUUUUUUCAAUACUACUACAAUAUAAAAUUGUAAUUUCUGACUGUUUUUAUAUAAAUCUUGCACACUUUGUAUGUGAAACGCUAAUUGUAACAUGUAUAUGCACAAAGAGAAAGAGAUUUUCUAAGUAAAAUGUUUUUUUUUCAUACAUACCCAUAAGACUUCACUUUUUAUGGCAAAAUGGGAACUAGCACCCCCUAAUGGUCAUCAUUGUUGGUUUGUGUUUAAAAAAAAAAAUGCACAAUGACCAGACUGUUCAAUACGGAAGCUGAGAGAGGACAUGCAAUAUCGUUAUUUUUUAAAAUUGUCUCCUCGAGACAAUGGAAUAAUUUUAUCGCAAUCUUGAGAAAAAGAAACUUAACCUUUGCUCCUGGCAUUAGGCUCGCUUAAAUACAGCUGAAACCUUACUAACAGUCUUCUUAAAUGAAGGACACUAACAUUAUUUUCUAAACUAAGGCAUAAACAUAUUUCAGCCUACAUCGGCCCUUGAUUGAACAAAAAUGUGACGCGAUCAAUACAGUUCUGCUCUUCUUCCAUUUCAAACAGAUCGUGGCUCCAAUAAGCUAAACAUUAAACAUUAGAUACAAUUAUUUUAUAAUUUACUGAAAGCACAAUCUUUUGUUUUAUCGAGAUCCGAUAAAAUUAGUCCGUUAUCUCGAGGAAAUAAUUUAAAAAAAUAACAAUAUUACAUGUCCUCUCUCAGCUUCUGUAGUUCAAGCACAGGUGAUGGAUGUAUUUUAUACUGUAUAAAUUCUUAAAAGUGCAAUACAAUGGGUCUGUCUUACUGUUUACGUAAACUCCCUAUUCGAAUUUUCAUUGUUUUACGAAAUAUGUUGAAUACAGUGAAAUUCUAGGUUUUCUAUGGUCAUUACUGUCACAUAAAUUAACAAUGUGGCCUUUUUCUUUUUUUGUAGCAAAAUGUAGUUGAUUUCUUAUUAAUUUAAGUAGCACCGCUAAAGGAUUUUAAUGUAGAUUUCGAAGAGACUAAUACCUAGUCCACACUAAAACCAAUGUCACAUUAUGCAAC